GAAAAGUGUGACGAGAACUAGGAUCAUGUGACUCUGAUGUAAAGUUGAACUAAUUUGUUUCUCCCAGGAGCAACAUUCAUUCGAACCUCCUCAAACAAAAGCAGAAAGUCACGAAUCACCUGAAAUUAACAUGAAAGUUUUCUACAAGGGUCUGUUGUUUUUACUGGGGUUUUUCUCAGUUCAGACAAAGGCAGAAGGAGAAGUGAAUGUUGCAACAUGGGGAACAGCCAAUCAGUCGUCAUUAUAUUCUAACUGGUCUGCCCAAAAUGCUCUGGAUGGGUUGAACUCCACCUGCACUCAUACAGACACACAGAGUGACCCGUGGUGGACUCUGGACCUGAUGAAGAUGUACAGCGUGAACAGAGUGACCAUCACUAACAGACGCGACUGCUGUGACAGCAGGAUAGACGGGGCAGAGAUUCGGAUUGGAAACGAUUCUUCAGAUCUUCUCAGCAACCCAGUAUGUGCUGUAGUUUCUACUAUUCCAGCAGGAGCUACCUACAGCUACUCAUGUCGUGGGAUGGAGGGACGUUAUGUUAUUGUGAAUAUUCCUGGAACUUCAAACAUCCUUACUCUCUGUGAAGUGGGAGUCUAUGUGAUUCCAGAGAACCCUUGUGAAGAUGAAACUGAAGUCUAGUUCAAGUCUGUCUGAACCUGAAAUGUCCAUUUACUGUCACAGGUGAGAGAGGGAUACAUAGAUAAAUCUGAAAUCAAAUCACAUUGACAGCGAUUUUAAGUGAUCUGCUCAUUUCAGCUUUAAUCUGUUCUGGCGGAAUGAGGGAUUUCUGUC